UCUGCAUCCUGUCCGCAGCUCGCCUCGCGCUCCGUGAGCUGACAGCUCCGCCGCGCAUGCGCAGGGCGUCUCCACUGGCUCGCUCGGUGCUGAAGUUGGGCGGAUGGACGGAAAACACCGCUGAUGGAGAUAAAACGGCAGCAUGUAAUCUCAACGCGUGAUACCCCCGAUAUCCGCAUAAACACGUGUAACGACACCCUUUUAGAAGACUGACAUCUAAAACAAAAGGGAUGUCCUAUCCUGGAUCAUUUAGCCCUUGACUCAAGGAAAGGGUGUGCCUGAAAAUACCAGGUGUUUGAAACCUACCUCCACCCACCUCCCGCAUUCUCCAUCAGGCAUGAUAAGAGAAGAUACAAGAGGCCACAUUUUGUUUUCCAGCUCUCUACCAGUCUCAGUGUUUGACAUUACAGUCAUGAUUUUCUUACCUGAUCUUCGGAUGGAUUGCUACUAAUUUGCAUGCCUCAGAGUGUGAGUGGAGUUGAAAUGAGGAAAAGGCAGCAGGGACGCAUUGAAGGACCCCCGCAGGCGCCUGGUCACCCGAGGCCCAACACCUGCUGUCUGUGUUGGUGUGGAUGCUGCAAAUGCCUCUGGAAUGAAGACAGAAGGGAACGUUCAGAGAGGCAAACAUGUACAAAGAUGGAUAGCAUAGAAGCAACAGAGGAACAGCAUCCCACACUGGAUGAGCUGAUUGCCUGGUCUCGGAGCUUUGAGAUGGUGAUGCGCUCUGCAGAGGGGAGGGAUGUUUUCCGGGAGUUCUUGCGGUCGGAGUACAGUGAAGAAAACCUGAUGUUCUGGCUGGCCUGUGAGGAACUAAAGAAAGAAACCAACCCAUCAGCUAUCGAAGAAAAAGCCAGGAUCAUUUAUGAAGACUACGUCUCCAUUCUUUCGCCAAAAGAGGUCAGCUUGGAUUCCCGGGUGAGGGAAGGCAUCAACCAGAGCCUGGCAGAACCCAGCGGUACGAUGUAUGAGGAGGCCCAGCUUCAGAUCUACACCCUCAUGCACAGAGACUCCUUCCCCAGAUUUCUCAACUCAUCUGUUUACAGGGAUCUCCUUAACAGCAAGAGGGCCUGCUUAGACACCUAGGUUUCAGCUAGAAGAUUUGUGACAAAAAAAAAAGCCCCAAGGUGCCACUUUCAAAAGGUGUGAUGUUUCUUAUUUCAAGAGUGAGUAGUUAAGCAAUUCUGAGCAUCCACUAGUGACCAUGAAGUUCAGUUCUGUUUAAGUGCCAAUAUGAGCUGCUCAGGCAACCGUGACACAGAAAAAAACAUGUAGGAAAUCAGACAGAUGCAUACUUCCUACUGUCUUUUUCAUUCACCUGUUUUGUCUCUUUUGACUCCUCAAAUCUCCUCUCUCUUCCUGUUUACAUCACUUGUUCACUUUCUCUGUGUUCUUUCUACCUGAUCCUUUCCAUCUUUUACGCCUCGCAUAUCUGAGGACAGCUGAAUAAUGCUGUUAUUAUUAUUUUUUUAAGAGAAUCAAAAAACAACGGAUAAGCGGUAGAUGUUAAGCUAGAAAACCUUUGCAUGAUACAAGGUUAUGGAAUUUACUCCAGUUUGACAUUUAAGCCCCGGACUACAAUGUUUUGUUGUUGUUGUUUUUUUUACAAAGGGGAGAGAACAUUGUAAAGCUCUCAUAAGCGAAGGGAAAAUUAGCUGUGCCAAAUGUUUUGUAAAAGAGAAGCUGGAAAGCGUAACCUCCGUCCAAACUCUGUCUUUGCGUGUCGACAGUUCUUUAACUGGGAAACAUAAGGGCUAGCUAGUGUUGUGAUUGGGCAGCUAAAUGAAUCAUGAACAUUUCUUUCUCUCUGCAAAAAUCACAAUGCCACUGAGUAAGGGCACAAAAGCUGCUGAUGCUGGUGAUGACACAGUUUAUUGUGUGAGUCCUCCUAGCCCCUCCCAGUCCGUUACUAACAGAGAGAAGCACAGGUACUGUAUGUCAUGGGCUGUAAGCUUCGCCGGACUGACCGAGAAUUGCUUGAAAAUCACCCACCAACGUUCUGGAGGUUCUUAAAAGAGCUUCGAAUUGUCUUACACAUUAAAGAAAUGUAUUUUAUUAAACAAAAGUGUAGUGAACACUAUGCCUUGUUUUUGAGAGUUCCACUAGGAUUAUUUAAAAUAACUGUGAUCGCCGAGACCUGCUCGAUGAGGUGGUGCGACGGAGUCUCUUUUCUCUGCCUCCGAGUCCAAAUGUUCGUUUUUGCGACUUGAAACAAGGAGCGGUCGUUUUCACAGCUCGGAAAACUGCAGGUUAUCGAGAAAACAAGCAAACAAAAAAAAAACGAAGCAAGUCAGUCUUUUUUAUAAUGCUUUUUUCCAGCAUGCGUUUCUUCUGUUGUUUCACGUACACAUUGCAAUACUUAACCCAGAUAUGAUGUGAACCUCUGCGGGAAGCAUCGCGUUGACGAUGAUACUUACAAAAGACGAUUUCCUUCCGAGGUUUAGACGUGUGUCCCUCGAGAACGUGUUGUUGGAUUCAAACUUGAAUGUUGCUGUUCAAUUUUCUAGACAUUUAUGUGCUAUUGCAAUCGCAGCAGCCAGUGCAUGAGAACACGAUAUUUAAAUGACUGGUGUGUUAAACCACUCUCUCACCUUUUAGCGGAGAAAUUCAAGAGUGAAUUGCAUUUAAACCAACGUUUUUUUUGGUCACCACACCCAACCUCAAAGUGUCACUUUCCUGAACUCUUGUGCCAAUGAAUGAACGUUUGUUAAGUUAGGCAUGAUCAAGUGUGUUGUUGUUGGGUUUUCUUACUGGUGCUCUGAGAGUUAAGUGCCAUUCACUCUGCAGGUUUACCACAUUAAAAUGAAGACCUUUGUCACUUUACCGAGUGCAUAGAUAUUCUUCUUUGAACUAUUCAAGUGUUUGAGCAUCAUCCAAUGUGAGUAGGUCCUUUAAUAGGUGUUACCUAGUAGUUUAGUUUACUUACUGAAGCAGCGAACCAUCGUGGGAAGCUUGGCUUUCCAACAUUUCUAAAACAAAAUGAUUGAAUUUUCUUGUUUGUUUUAAAAGAAAAAGAAUCAUGUCAUUAAAGAAAUGAGCAAUAAAUCAAAAUUGUCUUGCUCUAAAAAAAGAAAAGAAAAAGACACUGUAUGACACAUGGACAUUUACUGUACCAAACUAUCUUUGAUGGGGGUAAUUGACACACAUUUACUGUAAGUUUUAUGAUAAAUGUCAAUGAAAAUUAAUGUGACUGUAUGACUAUUUCAAUCCAUACAUGUCAGUAAUCCAGGAAGUCCAAUGUCAUUGAAACUAUUCGACUGAGUGAAUAUAUAUGAUUAUUUAAAGCAGAUAAGGACAGAUUUAAAAUAAAUCAUAGUAGAAGAUAAUCAUGUUUAUUUAAACAAUGAAAACCGAAAUGAAACCGAAGUUCUUAUUAUUGACAAAAAAUGUGAGGCAAAUAAGAAAUGGAAAUUCAUGCAGUAUUAUGCUACUAUAUUUGGCUGCAGACGGAAUCGUUUGAUAAAAACUAUCGUUAAAAAGUUUCACACAUGAAGGUAUUAUUCGAAUUUGACAUUUUCACUUAUUAUUAAUUGAACUGCAGAAUAUACAAGAACAUGCGAUGUCACAUUUGGUCUCGUUUGCAGUGAACCAUCCUUUUAGAAAGUAGUUGUCUGUUUCAUUUCAAUGCCUCAACUUUAUUUUUGCUGCUAAUGUUUAAUCCGAUUUCGAGAGUUUAGGAGUUUUUCUCUUGACGGCUGUCACCGUGAUGGCUAACAGCUGUUGAUAAUGAUUUUAUCAGCUUGGUAGGACUUGGAAAAAACAACCUUUCUUGCCAAAAGGCUCCUUUUCUAAGCAAAUGAAGUGGAGCCUGUGCUAUGUGAUUAUAGAAGCGGCUCAUUUUCAUUGGUUUUCCACUACCUCUCGUUACGCUUAGUUCUUUUUUUUUCUCAUCUAGUUACCGUUAAAUGUUUAUUUUGAUCUACUUGAAGCCUAAUACUGUAAAUGAAAUGGGUUUACAAAGAAGAGUAGCAUUUCCUUUUGUUUGUUUGUUUGUUAAUUUUUUUUUUUUUAGCAUAAUUAUGAUAUAUACUCACGAAGAAUUCAGGAAACGUACUGUUUAAGGGCUAAUCCCAUAUUGCCUAUGCAAAUAUAUUAGUUGUCAUAUUGGAAAAAUUAGUAACUAAGGAAUGUUUCCUGAAAUUGGGUGGAACACUGGUUUACAUUUGCCCUUUUCUCUCCGGUCACAUAAUAUGUCAUAUAUGAAAUCCUUCUUGAUGAAAAAGCUACUCAAUUAAGAUUGAAAUAAAUCUGUAUUGUGUCUAUACUGUGGGUUGACAGUUCACUUUUGAUGUAAAGUGCAUAUUGAAUGUAAGGUACUGUGCAUGCUGAUGUUUAUUUGUUCAAGUUAUGGAAAACUGCAUUGGGCAGGAGGGAAGUAAUUGAAUUAUUUGAGUUUGAAGCGAGUGUCUAUUCUUGUUUUUAAGGGUGCUUCAGUCUUUUUGGCAAAGGUUGAAGGGCUACUUUUAGGCACUUUAAACACGGUUUUCAUGAACAAGAAAAUCUACCUCUUGGUUCUGUUCUCUCCACAUGCUUAAUAUAGAAGACCAAGCCUUGAAAAACAACGUAGCUCGCACACAUUUUGAUUGUUUUGACUUGGUUUUGAGCCACAGGUGAACUGCCAGGCGCUUCUAGCGACUGAAUUUUAGCUCAACCUCAUUGAUUAAACUUCUCAUCCUGUAGUUACGUUGUUUUUUUUCCUGUUUAUACUAAAGAUAAACAGUUUGUGCCCACGCAAAAACAAAAACUUAACACUCAUUUAUUCCUGUAUCUGUUAUAGCAUGUGCUUGCGUUAUGUGAUAUACGGAUUGUUGUAAUUACAGAAAAAAAAGUGUUAACAGCAGCACUCGGUAGUCACGGCAUUACUAGUGUGCUACACCUUUCACAGUUCUUCAUUGUUAGCACAUGAAAUAUGCUCUUUACAUUCAUAAGACAUCAGUGCCAUUGAUUUGAAGGGUUCUUUAGGGUAACCUGAAUUUUAAUGACCCUCAUUUGAAUAUUGCAAGGAGGAAGGCUUCAUGUACAUCAGCUUUUCUUUCAUUAAAUCAUUUUUCACUAUCGAAUGAAACUGAAAAGAGAUCAGGUAACAUUUUUCAUUAAAAUGUGUCGCCUGACUUUAAAAUCAUUAUUCAUAGUUCAUUUAUUGUUGUGUUUCUAAAGCCUCAUGGUGGACUCGGAAUAGUUGUUUAUAUCAGUUCACAAUUAAUUUCCGACUGUUUUCAUGAUUAAAAAGCCUGACUACGAAUAACUUCACAGAUUAAGUGCUGAAUUAUUUCAUUUCAACAUGUUAUUGCUAAAACAUUGUCUACCACAAACUUUACAUAUUAAUACAAUCACCUGCCAGGUACAGUCAUUAGAUAUUUAUAUAUAAAAAUUCCAAACGAUUUCAAAAUGAUUGACAAAAAAUGGAGAAUUACCAACUGCUAUAAUGGCAACUUUCAGACUCUGGAGGCAAACUGACUUCUGUAUCACAGUUUAUCACAGUCACCCUGAAGUGCCUUGAAUGUUUAGGCCAUGAUCUAUGAUUUAUCAUUAAUAUCCCAAGGGAAGGUGUUUGUCUUUUAAAGCCUGUGCUCUUCUCUGGGACUGAAUGCAUGAUGCACGCUGUAAGCAAAAGACAUUUGCACAUGCAGAAAGAUGUUAAAGUCCAGAUCUACGGAAAUAAGUGUGAACUGAUAGUAUUUUAGCAUUUUAGCCAUUCAGCUUCUGUCAUUGUCCACUGCUCAAAAAAAACAAAAAACAAACCAUCAUCAUCUUGAGGUUGUGCUUAUUAUAUAAGUGUUUGGUGCUUAUUAUGUGUCACAUAAUGAAAUACCCAACCUGUCAUCCCAUUGUCACAAUAUUUCUUU